GCAGUAGGCGGACCCUGGACACACUCGACAUCCCACUUUUAAGAGAUCAGGAGAAUUUUACUCGUGAACACAUGACAUUUACACAGCAUUUGAGAAGGAGCGAACAGGGAUCACGAUAUAUAUAUACUUUUUUGCCAUUUAACAGGUAACAGAAAGAAGAGAAGCCACUAGAUGAAGGAAAAACAGUAAAGAAGCGGAGCAAGAUCCGUGUGGAGAUAUCAGGAGUUCACAGUGGCACUCUAGUCCUCUCUGACUCCUGAAGGAAAAGAGGACGACAGCCACAGCACACACACACACACUUACACACACACAUGCACACGCACACACACUUACACAUACACACAAACACUUACACACACACAUUUACACACAAACACUUACACACCCACACACACACACACAUACAUUGAAGCAAAUAUGAGUGAAGAUAAAGCAGCUGAAAGUGUGGAACCUGCUCCUGCAGUGCCAGUAUCAGCUCCAGCACCAGCAGAGAUGGACUCUGUUCCCAAUGGGAAAGGCCAUGAGACUGGGGAGGAAACCACAGCAGCAGCCAAAACACCAGCAGGAGACACCACAGAGCAGGAAAUUGUUCCCAAUAGUGCCCAAAAUGUCAGAAGUCAGGAUCCAGAGGCCAACCUCGCAGAGAGUCAGGAGUUCCUGUCUAACAUGGAGGACAAAAAGACCACACGCUUCACAGAUUUUGAGGGGAAAACCUCUUUUGGAAUGUCAGUGUUCAACUUGGGCAACGCCAUCAUGGGAAGUGGAAUUCUGGGAUUGUCGUAUGCCAUGGCCAACACAGGGGUCGUUCUAUUCCUGGUGCUCCUGACAGUAGUGGCUGUCCUCUCAUCUUACUCCAUCCACUUGCUACUCAAGUCAUCUGGCAUUGUGGGUAUCCGGGCUUAUGAGCAGCUGGGCCAAAGGGCAUUUGGAACGCCAGGCAAGAUGGCUGCCGGCAUCGCCAUCACGCUGCAGAACAUCGGAGCCAUGUCCAGUUACCUAUACAUCGUGAAGUAUGAGUUCCCUCUGGUCAUCCAGGCCUUCCUGGGGGUCGACAAGCCAUCAGGUGAGUGGUACUUGAAUGGGAACUACCUGGUCAUCAUGGUGUCCAUCAGUGUCAUCCUGCCUCUGGCGUUGAUGAAGCAGCUAGGGUACCUGGGCUACACCAGUGGCUUCUCUCUCACCUGCAUGGUCUUCUUCCUCAUCUCGGUCAUUUAUAAGAAGUUCCACACCCCCUGUCCCUUUUUGGACUUUACCUUUAACAGCACAGCCAGUGUGACUGCUGUUACCAAUGACACUGGUUACAACCCAGCCUGCAUUCCGAAAAUGGUCAACCUCAACUCACAGACGGCCUACACCAUCCCAAUCCUGGCAUUUGCCUUUGUGUGCCACCCUGAGGUCCUGCCCAUCUACACCGAGCUCAAAAACCCCACCAAGCAAAGGAUGCAGCAUGUGUCCAACAUCUCCAUUGUAGUCAUGUACACCAUGUACUUCCUGGCUGCUCUGUUUGGAUACCUGACCUUCUAUGGUGAGGUGGAGUCAGAGCUGCUGCACACCUACAGCCGUCUGGACCCGUAUGACACCCUGAUCCUGUGUGUCCGUCUGGCUGUGCUCACUGCUGUUACACUCACCGUCCCCAUAGUGCUCUUCCCUGUAAGGAGAGCCAUCCAGCAGUUGUUUUUCCCCAACAAGACAUUCUACUGGCCCCGCCACAUUGCCAUCGCUGUCACCCUGCUCACUCUCAUCAACAUGCUGGUCAUCUUUGCGCCUAACAUCCUGGGCAUCUUCGGCAUCAUUGGUGCCACAUCUGCCCCUUGCCUCAUCUUCAUCUUCCCUGCUGUUUUCUACAUCCGCAUCGUACCCGAAGAGGAGGAGCCCAUGCGCUCCACCCCAAAAAUCCUGGCUGCCUGCUUCGCUGGAAUAGGCUUCCUGUUUAUGAUAAUGAGCCUGAGCUUUAUCCUCAUUGAUUGGACGUCGGGGAGUAGCAAAGCCAGCAGCGGUCACUAGACUGCUUCUACCGUCUUCAGUUUUUAUAUUGUAAAUCUAGACCUGUACGGUAUUUUCUCUGUGUUUUCAUGGAUCAUAUUUUGUAGAGGAUGUACUAUCUCUUCCUCCAGAAAGAGUGGGCUAGAGAGUCUAGAGAUGGGGAGUUCAGUCUUCUGGAGGUUUCUGCUCCCCUCUGGAAGAAGAUAGUGCAUUCGAAACAAAUGUAAUGUCAAGCUGGCUCGCUGAAUCUGCCACCACCUCCUAUUCCAGCGCUGCCUCCAGACCAGACCAGACCCAUAACCCAUGACCCUAUAAACUUGUACUCUGUGAAUCACAGCAGGAAUCUAACUGCCACACUUUAGUCUAGACAACCACGUAGCUUUCUUCAACAGUAGGGGAGAAGAAGGCACAACAGAUCGUUGGGGGCUGGACAGUUAUUUUAUAUUUGUAGCCAAAGUCUACUGUAUUAAGUUAUUCAUGAAAUUAGGUAAUGGCAAGAUUCUGUGCAAUAACUGAGGAAAUGUGGCAUUAAAAGCUAUUGGACAGUGGCAUCAUCCAGUGACCCGUGCUGCUGUUGUCACCCUGGUGGCGAGGUGUCAUCCACUAGACGCUCGGCUUCAGUCCUCACAGAUAUCAGAGGAUGGAACCAUACAACUGAUAUGCAACUGUACAGUGUAUACAGUGUGUAUAGAGCAGGUUGACUCUACCAUUACAAUACAGUAUGAUAUAUAUACAGAGAGAUUUAUUUUUUUAUCAUUUUUAUUUGAUAAAGCGUAUAAUAUGGACCUUUUGAGUCUCUCCUCAGCAACAGUAUCAUAUCACAUUGGUGUGUCUCUUUGAUACGUGCACUCAACCAUAUCAGAAUAGCUUUUUCAUGGUUCGAGGAGCAGCUUUGAUGUCUAAAAUUGAAGGAAUGCUUGGCUAUACUCUCAGUAUGAGGGUCUAUUUUAGAGAUGGAGGUUAUCGUUAACUUGGUCCUGGAUCGGUGGGGGUGUAUAUCUCUGCAUUGUCGUGUUUUGAUCAUUUGAGCACUCACUAGGACCAGUGUCCUUAGUGGCAGAGGAUGCUCUCUACCUGGGUAUGUUGUUGUGUUGUUUCUGAACAUUUACUGAACGUAAUCAGAGAUAACCCAAAAAUAUAAAGAAAACUCACGGUGUCAAUUCAUUACGUGGAGAAUCAAGGAUGAUGUGUGUAAAUAUGGUUAUUUCCAGGACAAGCUUGUUUUUUUCCCUAACUAAAGUUCAGUCUAGUGACAUGGUGCCAUGAUAAGCACACAAUGUGGUAUCAAUGCCUCUCUAACAUCCCUGCAAAGUAGGUGGUUAGUUAUAGCACUUUCAGCUGAUAUGUACAACUUCUUCCUGUAGCCAUUAAUCAAUUGAUAUGCAAACAAUUUAUUUGUAAGAUACUCAUACGUUUUAUAGAUAUGAUUUUAAGGGACAACCCUUUAUAAUACAAAUUACAAUCUCUGAAAAAUCUAAGUCUAAAUCCUAAGUAAAUUGUAUAAUCCUAUGUAUGUUACUUUACAAAACAAUAUGUAUUUAAGGUCUAACAUGGUACAAAGACGUUUCCUCCAACUACUUGAAGCUCUUUCUCUCCUGUUCUGUGUCUGCAUAGUGUUUAGCAGCCCUGCAGUGAUUUAAGUGUGAACAUGGUGUGUACAUGGUGUGUGAACAUGGUGUGUACAUGGUGUGUGAUCAUGCUAUGUGUCUGUUCGUCUGCUCCAGUAUGGAGCGAACACAAUUAUGUACAGUGGAUGUACUGUAAGGAUUGUUAGUGUGUCUGUUGUUGAAAUGAAACAUGGCUCUACUGUAUUUUAAUUGUGGUACUUACUUAUAUACUAUUGUAUUGUGAAACGAUCAAUGGAUACAUGAACCAUAAGUGUAAUGUGUAAAUCCUAGGCUUAUGAAUCCCAUUGACUCUUACCAAAUUAGUCAAAUAAGAUUUAAAAGCCUGACUAUGAACCUUUCAUAAUCUCAGACUACUCUGUUGUCAGGUAUGAGUGGAAUAGUAUUUCUGGUCAGUUUCUAAACAUCCCUGUAGCUGCUUUUGGGGACUGCCUGCCAACUCUUGCAGGUGUUGAGCAGGUUUGAUACAGUAGUCAGGUGGAAUGUCCCCUGUCUCUCUCUGUUGUUUUCCUUGUGAUGAAGUUACAGAUUCCACACUACAGUGAGUGCUGUAAUUUUGUAUAUGAGUAUUGUAUCAUUGUUAAGUCAAACUUGGUUGUAAAGCAAUUUUGUAUAUGAGUAUUGUAUCAUUGUUAUGUCAAACUUGGUUGUAAAGCGCAACAAACUCCUCUCUCAAUCAAUCAUUAAUACAUGUUUCCUUAGAGAAUAACCAGUCUGCAUGAGCCAGUAUACAGUACAUCAGGAUCAGCCAGCUCUGCUCUCUCUAUUACUCAUUUAUUUAAUAGCUUAAUGGAUGAAUUUGUUUCUAUUUAAAUAAAGAUCCAUGUUUAAAGUCAUAUUUUAACAACAUGUUUGUGUUAUUCUGAUUUCAUAUACAACUGGUAUAUUAUUAUAUGAUGGAUCAGCCCUUACACAUACCAUGUGUACCACCAGGGGGAGACAUUCUGAAAGUGGCUGAGAUGAUUUCUGACUGUCUGAUAACGCUCCUUAUACAGUUCUCUCAUUUCUUUGUGUGAUUUAAUGAAAUUGGUAUAGUUCAUGAAAUAUCGACUUCAACCAGCAUUUCUAAAUAAUGUAUAUAAAUGUAAACCCUUUAUAUUCAAUAUGCAUAUCUAGUUUGUAUAAUGUAAAAAGCAAGAACUGUAGUUUUAGUCUGAUAAUUAAAAAGAGAAAUGUAAUAAUUUUUAAAGUGCUUUUAAACAAUUUUGCCCUUCAUUUUAUGUCUUUAUUUUUAUUGUAUGUCAAUAUAUUUUAAUACAUUGCUGGCAUUUAUUGUACUGUAAACAAUGUUGCAAUAAAAACAAUAAAAUAACAUUA